UUUAUUUUGUGUUUGAUAGUGUACAAAAUACACGUCAACAGCUGGUUCAGAGAGUUGGAGUUGAGAAUGUUGUCCAAAUUAUCACGGACAACGCAACUCCAUAUGUAUCUGCAGGUAGAAUGCUUAUUGAGAGGCAUCCUACGAUGACAUGGAGUCCUUGUGCUACACAUUGCUUGGACUUGAUGCUAGAGGACAUUGGGAAGAUUGGAUGGGUGAAAAAGAUGGUAGAAUAUGGAAGAAGUGUCACCAAAUUCAUCUACAACCAUACUUGGGUGCUUGCUUUGAUGAGAAAACACACAAAUGGCAAGGACCUUGUGCAAUCGGGAGUGACACGAUUUGCUAGCCACUUCAUCACUUUGCAUAGCAUUCUUAGUGCCAUUCCUCAUCUUAAGUAGAUGUUUGUGUCUGAUGCUUGGUUGGGGUCUGCAUACUCCAAAAGACCUGAAGCAGAGAAGAUUGUGAGCAUUGUUUUUGAUGAAGGGUUCACCAAAAGUGGAGAGGAGUUGAUUGCGAUAAGUAACAAACACAAAGUAAACUUUAUACAAUCUUGUCUAUUUGCUGAUUUUAUUUUUUAGGGGUUAAUUUUGUACUAAUUUAAAAUUUGUUUUCAUUUUUUAGGUGAUAGAACCUUUGGUAUGGGUUCUUCGUAUGGUGGAUGGAGAGGGCAUGCCAAUGGGUUUCAUUUAUGAGGCCAUGGAUAGGGCCAAAGAGGCCAUUUCACAUUACUAUCGUGGAAAUACAAGAAAAUGUGAAAUCCUUUGGCGCAUCAUUGAUCGUAGGUGGACAAACCAACUCCACCAACCGAUACAUGACUUCACCUACUUUUUGAACCCGAAAUUCUACUUCUCUAAUUCAUUUAGGGCUGAUGAGGAGGUCAUGGCAGGUGUUAUUGCAUGCAUUGAUAACAUGGCACCUGGUCCUGAGUUGAGAGACAAGGUUCUUGAUGAGUUGGAGAUCUACAAGAGUGCAGAGGGGAGACUCUUGUCAUCACAACUAGCAAUUGAUAGGAGAGGAAAACAAACCAGAUUUAUGGUGGAAGAAUUAUGGUGCUGGCACGCCUAAUCUUCAAAAGAUAGCCAUUUGUGUUUUGUCUCAGCCAUGCAGUGCUUUUGGGUGUGAAUGAAAUUGGAGUGUAUUUGAGAGCAUUCACACAAAGAAGAGAAAUAGAUUGACACAAGAACGGCUCAAUGAUCUAGUCUUCAUUCGGUACAACCUUCGCCUUCGAGUUAGACAUGUGGAGGGUGUUUCACACGAGGCCAUUGACUUGGAGGAAAUUGAUCCAUAUGGUGUUUGGACCGUGAAUGAACAAAAUGAUGGUGAUGAUGUCCUCCUUACCGAAGAAGAAAUUGUAGAAAUAGAGAGAGGAGCAGCACAAGAUGCAGAAGGAGCAAGAUUGGAUGAAAUGGAGGAUGAAGAUGAGGACAAAGAUGAGGACUUUGACUUUGAAGAAGAACCAUCUCACCAUUUAGAUACCACAACACCCACUGCUACUACUUCUAGCUCAAGGCCUGAAAAAUUGAGCUAUAUUAGGAGAAAUACAAAGAGGAAGACGUAGUCUUCUCUUUAGUUUGUUCAUUGUUGUUUUUCACAUUUGGAGUUGGACAUAUCAUUAUAUGUAAUUUUGUAAACAUUUAUAAACUUA